AUGGCCACUGCUCAGAUGCAGAGGAAUUGUAUGAGUGCUGUGAUAUUUCCCAAUAAGAUUUCAACUGAACAACAGUCCUUGGUGUUGGUAAAGAGGCUCCUAGCUGUUUCUGUAUCCUGCAUAACAUACUUAAGAGGAAUAUUUCCAGAAUGUGCCUAUGGAACAAGAUAUUUAGAUGAUCUUUGUGUCAAAAUUCUGAGAGAAGACAAAAACUGUCCAGGAUCCACUCAGUUAGUGAAAUGGAUGCUAGGAUGCUAUGAUGCUUUGCAGAAAAAAUAUCUAAGGAUGGUUGUUCUGGCUGUAUACAGCAAUCCAGAAGACCCUCAGACAAUUUCAGAAUGUUAUCAGUUUAAAUUCAAAUAUACCAGCAAUGGACCAGUUAUGGAUCUCACAAGUAAAAGCAAAGGCAGUAGUUCCAACCUGUCAUCUUCUGACACAAAGAAAGCAAGUAUUCUCUUAAUUCGCAAGAUUUAUAUUCUGAUGCAGAAUCUGGGGCCUUUACCUAAUGAUGUCUGUUUGACAAUGAAACUUUUUUACUACGAUGAAGUUACACCACCAGAUUACCAGCCUCCUGGUUUCAAGGAAGGUGAUUGUGAAGGAGUAAUAUUUGAUGGGGAACCCAUGUACCUAAAUGUGGGGGAAGUUCCAACACCUUUUCAUACCCUUAAAGUGAAAGUGACAACUGAGAAAGAACGAAUGGAAAACAUUGAUAAAGCUAUACUAACACAGAAACAGUUAAAAACACCACUACAGAAAAUCUUGAUGGAUAAAGAAGAUCUAGAAGCACAGGAACAGUUUAUGGAUGAAGAUUCUGAUACUAGUAAUAAAAUAAGAGAGCAGAAAAGAAACCAUGAGUCUUCAGAAGUUGGAGAAUUAAGUUUAGCUUGUGAGGAAGAUGAAAUUAUGAGAUCAGAAGAAAGCCCAGAUCUUUCCAUGUCUCGUUCUCAGGUUGAGCAAUUGAUCAGUAAGACAUCAGAACUUGAUGUGUCUGAAAGCCGAACAAGAAGUGGAAAGGUUUUUCAAAAUAACAUGACUUUUGGAAAUGAGUCAAUGAGGACUUGUAAAGAAACUAAGAAGAGGAGUCGACCUGAAUCAGGGAGAAAGGUCCUCCAACCAUUUGAAUCUUCCUAUAGUCAAGAUUCAGCACCGAAAAGGAGAAAGUUUAGUGAACCAAAGAAUUACAUAUAG